GACCAUAACAUGAGCACCCACGUCCCCAUUCUGAAUUUAAUUCUUUCAAGUCCAUGUCUUAGAGUAGAGUAAAAUAAGAGGGAAUCAACCGACAGCCAGCUUGUAUUCAAAAACGUAAUAGCUGCCUUUGUGCUGUAUAUUCUCAUUCUAUCUCUCAAUUCUCAAACUUCUCCUCCACAACCACACCACCUCUCAAUUCUCCAUUCUUUCUCCUCUUCAACACUCUUUCUUGAUCUUAACUCCAAAAAUGAGCUCAAUCAUUCAAACAAUUCAACAAAGAACAACAAAUCAAUCUCUCCCAGUUUCAUCACCAUCUGAAGAUCAAACAACUCUAAGAAGAAGACUUUCUUCACUUUCUCUUAAACUUCAUCCUUCAAUCUCUGCUUCCCCUGCAACUUCAUGGGCUAUUCACAGAUCCAAAUCUCUGUCUUCCAUGGGAGAAAAUGCUGGAAGUUCUAUCAAGAAAUGGUGGGAUUUGGGUUGGUCUUGGAUUCUUUCAAGGAAGCCUGUUUUUGUUCAAGAUCUGGAAAUGAAUGAAGAGGAAAAACAUUUUAUUGGGUUGCAAAACAGGGGAAGUUUAAGGCAUUUGUUCUUUAAGUUUAAAUCUGAGGUUAAGAAGUUAUUAAGAUAUGAUGAUAUGUCUCUUCCUCAAACUUUUAAGUAUAAUAAUAAUAAUAAUAAUAAUAAUAAUAAUCAAUCUUUUCAUGGUGGGAUGAGAAGAGCAUCUACUAUUGGUUAAAACAAAAUAUUUUGGAAGAUUUUUGAUGAUGAUGAUGAUGACAAGAGAAAAAAGAAUGUAAUUAAUUUUACAUUUGAAAAUGAUUAAUUUUUUAUUAUGAGUUAUUGAUUGAUGUUUUGUUGUACUUCUACUAUGUUUGGAGUUAGAUUUUUUUUUUUUUUUGGGUAAAUAGAAUAUUUUAUAAGUAAUAUUAUUUUGAUUUGUGUAAUAUUUUGGAUUUACAUUCGAUGAUUUCAUUUUUUCUAGAAUUGUUUGGUAAUUUGGUGCAAUUUGUAAAGAUGUACAGGUUAUAUAUGGGUGUUUUUAAUUUAUUUUUGCAAACUCAAAUUCUCGUGAAAGACGGUUCUUUUGGGAGACUAUCUCUAAUUGGGUCAACUCAUUAUAUAUUUUUUAAAAUAUUGUAAAUAUGUAUUAGAAUGAUGUAAGUAGACAUUUAAGGUAUUAAAAGUAGGCAUUAAGGAUACGGUUGGUUAGUAGCAUUAAGGAUUAUAA